UUUUGUUGAUAUGAUAUUUUUGAUUUGAGGAAUGUGAUGUGAAUCCCUUUCGAUUUUUCUCAUUAAUAAUUUUUAGAUAAUUAUUGUUAUUUUCUUGCAUAGAAAUGGAAUUGAAUAAUAAUUUAAUUGGCGUUCAAAGCGUUCUUGCGAACUGCGUGAAACACACCGGAGAGUUUACAAAAAUUAAUUAUUCGUCAGGUAAUGAACGUCACCUUCUCCAUGUUACAACUGAACUGGCACUGUUUCUGAACAAGAAACAUCUCCUAGAAGAAAACAAAGUUCUUCCGGAAAACCUCAAAGCCCUGAACGAAAUAAUAUUUUUCCUAGCAAUAAACACAGAAUUUGAAAGACCGUUAUCCAACAUGGAAGACUACGCCCAUUUAAUUGACAUAAUACCGCGACUAUCGAAAUGCGUUUUUGCCAAUAUUUGUUUUGGUCUAGAUCUCGUGGAGUCAUAUGGAUAUGUCAUUGAAAAGUUCCCUUUGGAAAUUACCGAAGAGUUUUUGGAUGCAGCAAUUGAUUGUUUAAGAAAAGGAAAACAGGAGGACCAGUUUAACAACGAAUUUAUUAUAUUGAGGGCUGUCGUUUCUAAAUUGAGGCAAAUUGAGUUAUCAUAUAAAACAGAAGAUACUGUAGCAGAUAUUGUAAAAGUAUCAACAAUAAUUAUACGAAAUCUCACGAGUUAUACUAGGGAUCAAGCAAAAUCGAUGAAAAUAAGUAAAGUAUAUCGAGACAUGGGCUUUAGCUUAUUGAAAUUGUUAGAUUUCCUGCUUUACAUGGACGAAAAUAAUAAAGUACUUCAAAUUUUGCUGGCAUCAAUUGUAUCGAUAGCUUGUGACAUUAUUAAAAGUGUUACUUUGGAAGUUUUUUGUUCAUGGGUCGAGGUAGAAUAUGAAUCUGAACCAUUACAAGCAGUCAUAGCACACAAGGCUUACUUGGUGAAAGAAAAAUAUCAAGGCAACAAAAUCGCUUCAGAAUUAACAGGAAUGCUAUGUUCGAUUGCACGCAAACCAAAACCGAUUGCUGAACAAAUAUUAGACGCCAAUAUUCCCACUAUGAUUAAAAUGGUCGAUCAGAAUGACGAAUAUCAAAAAUUAUGGUUUAGGGCCCUACUGAAUACCCCCGUUUUUUUGAAUAAGUUAUCUUUGGCUUGUAUAGAAAGGUGGUGGAAUAUCUGCGACGAAAGUUGCCUCAAUUCCUUAUUGAAAUACCCAUUACCAGGAGAGCCUGAAAAAAGACAAUUAAUCAUAAAAUGCACAUCAAAUCUUAACUCGGAAGACCUGUCUAGGUAUUUAUACAUGCAUUUCAACCGUGAGCACUUCAAAUGGAAAGAAAUAAUCGACAAUCAAUUAAUCCUUAUUUUCAAUAAAUCUCAACAAAAUAUAUCCGAAGAAGACUUAAAACAAAUCCUAUUAUUAAUUUUACAAAACGCCAAAGCGUUUUUCAAGCACUUUUAUGAGACUGCAUUUAAAAGGAGCUCAGAAUUAAUUAAAGUGUUUGAUUUAAUAAAACACAUCGCGGAAGUCAAUAAUAUAGGUCUAGAGGUACUUAUGGAAGUUUUAAAUGAAAAUGUACCUUCGAGUGACAAUUUAAACAAUUACAUUCAAUUAUUUGAUACUAUGAUAAAAAGCCACUACUAUACUUACGAAUUAUUGGUUACCAAUGUGAUAUUAACGCUAAUUGAGAAAUUCAAAAAUGAAGGGUGUUUAGAGGAGUUAAAUUGUUGCCUGCGCAUUUUAAAACAUUUCCAGCACUUGAAAUGUCCACUUUCCAAAGAAAUAGAAUUGUUUGAAUACUUCCUAACGUGCCAAGCAGAAUAUCGAUGUAAAUCCUUUUUGGAAUUUGAACUUAUUAGGGAAGAAAUUACGCAUCAUUGUGUGGAAUAUCUUUUGCAUAAAUGCCUUGCGUUCAGAGAGUUGGAGGGUAAAAGGGAGAGUUUUUCUCAUAUAGGUGCAAAUCUUAACGAUCCAUGGUCAAAUUACUAUAAAAAUUUAUUCUUGUCCCAGGAAAAUAUUAGUUUUUUGGAUUGGGUGCUUCCAAAUUUGGAUUUUUCCAAUUACCAAGAAAAUAGAGUGGAUGAAAACUUUACAAAGUUAUUAAAGGUUUUACCUCAAUGCGUCCCAUCGGAAUGGAUGGUUUUACUGAAAGAAACUACGGCCAAGCACAAUCUCACUGUAACUCUAAAUGUCCUUUCCGAAAUAAUGAUUUUACUAUGCGAUUUUGGAGCUAAUCAAUUAAAAUCCCCACAGAGUGCGAAUCUGGCAGGUUUGAAAUUUUCUUUGCAAAAUUAUGGUGCAUUUUUAAUGUCUUCAGAUUCAAGAGAAGACCAGCUACUGGCGAUCAACAGUCUCUGUCGCGUUCUAAAACACAUUCCUGGUCCUCUGAAAGAAACUGAAGGUAUGUCUUUGAUAAACGCUCUUCCGGAGGAUGCUUUAAAGUCUUUGGCUGGGGACAAAGAGUUUGUAGCUCGGAUUGUACUUAUAAACGAUAAGCAACUUUGUAAAGCUUUGGCUCAGAAAAUUUUGGCUAGCAAAUAAUUGGAGGUAAAAUAUAUUAUUUAAAAAUAAAAGUUGAUAAUUUUUAUAAGUGUGUUUUUCAAUACUGAUAACCUGGCUGAUAACCUUUACCAUAAAAAUGUUCUUUGAGAUAAGUGAAAGAUAACUAAUUUAGCAAAUUAAUUAUACAGUUUCAAAAUGGUACCUACUCUCAGACUAAACUACUGCUAUUGUGAAAUUUUGUUUUAAAUAAUUAUUCUAGUUUUAGUAGGAUAAAUAAAAAAAAUACAACCCGUAACCAUUUUUAUUCGAACCCUAACAAAUACAAUAAAAAAAUAUUUCAACAAAAUGGUUUGAUGCUUAGUGAAUUUUAUUGCUGGAUGAUUAUCAAAAACCUACCUCUCUCCUACGUGCAUAAGAUGGAAAGCCUCAUUAAUCUUAUCCCAAGACAUCGUGUGAGAAAUGAAUUCGUCAAGUUUCACUUUAUUUGCCAAAUAAUCAUCCACCAACUUUGGUACACUAUCAAUACUUUUCCAUCCUAAAAAUAA